AUGACAGAAAACCUCUCGAUUAACCGGUCUGUGAGAACUAUCCCAUAUGACGGCAGAUGGGUCGGACACGAAACACUACAACACUGCAUCACAGGUCGAAUUCUGUACGACAUACCCUGUAGAGUUUGCCAGGAUCACUCUUCUGGAAAACACUAUGGAAUAUUUGCCUGUGAUGGAUGUGCUGGUUUCUUUAAGAGAUCCAUCAGGCGAAAUAGACAGUACGUGUGCAAGGCUAAGGGAGAGGGGGCGUGCUUGGUCGACAAGACUCACAGGAAUCAGUGCAGAGCCUGUAGGCUGAGGAAGUGUCUAGAAGCUGGCAUGAACAAGGAUGCUGUCCAACACGAAAGAGGUCCGAGAAACUCGACCCUCCGAAGACAAAUGUGCCUUCUGAUGAAGAAUGACGCAGUGAACCCUGCCAUAGAGGCCGGCUUAUCCCUUAUACGUCCUGGAGGCAGCAGUAUAUCCUUCCUUUGUCCACCGGCCAACGGCCUAGCUCUGAGCAAGGUUCUGACAGACCCGCACGAGAUCAGAGAGUGGGCAGCCAAAUUGCUUUACAUGAACGUCCGGUGGGCAAAGAGUGUACCGGCCUUCACGAGCCUGUCAAUGAAGGAUCAGCUUACGCUGCUCGAGGAGAGCUGGGGUGAGCUGUUCAUGCUCGGCUGUGCCCUAGUCCUCCCCCCGCUGGACCUCACGGGACUCACCGACGGCAGCCUUAUCCAAGAGGCCACCAUCUUCCAGGAGACCCUGGCAGUCUUGAGGACUCUACAAAUCGACACCAAUGAGUUCUACUUCCUGAGGGCUAUACUCCUGUUUAAGACUGCUUUGGUCGGAGAAGGAAAGAACUUGACAGACAUCGCAUCCAUCGCUGCCAUCCAAGACUACAGCCAGAUCACGCUCAACAAGUACAUGACCGCGGCGUACCCCGAGAGACCCUAUCGAUUCAGCAAGGUUCUUCUGUACCUCCCAACUCUCAGGGCGGUAUCGCCUGCUGUCAUAGAAGAACUCUUCUUCAGGAAGACCAUAGGAGCGACGCCGAUCGGGAGUAUCUUAUGCGGCGUAUACCAAACCAAUUCCUGGGGUGAAGCCAUUCCCGAAUGA